AUGUCCCAUUAUGGCUUCCGUGGUUUGGUGCAGAUGUGCAAGACAUAUUGUUAGAGAGAGUGUCCAGUGUGAUUCACAAAGGAGGCGUCAAUAUGCAACAAGGUCCAAACUGUUUAUACGACAGUGGUGUAGAAUAAUAACAUGCCUGUAGAAAAAUCCUUUUUUCAUAUUUAUACUUCCGCGAUAGUUAUACCUCUCUGUGUGGCACCAAAGUUAUUCUUUUUUUAAACUCUUUUUGCAGAGUGUGGGCAGUUUAUUUCCUCUUUUCACACCCACACUGUUCCCAAGGUGGGUCGCGACCUCAUACAGCCAGACCUGCUGGCCUACUUCUGAAGGCAGAGUAUUUUAUCACCCAUGAAGUGACCAAGCAAGCCGUAUUAAGCGACACUGCCAUCUGACAGCGUGUGUCAAGUUGGAGAGGGGGCAUAUACAGUAACACUGACACCGUGAAAAAGAACCGAGUUGAAAGUGUCUUCUCGGACCGUAUACUGUACAUUGACAGCUGGAAAGAACGUUUUAUUUUUCUGAUGGCAGCUCAGGCUUAGUGACCGGAAAAGAACUUCAACUAUAAGCUCUUGAAAUGGAUUACGAUUGUGAUACUGUUAAUUCAAUAGUACUUGACGUAACGCCACGGAAAACUCCUUUACAUGACCAAGUUUGGAGUGCUGCUAUUUAAAGCAAAGACACUACUGUCUUAUUAUGAAGUUACACGUACACAAUAUGCACAGUGCAAACUAUGUGACUGGUUAUGAGUUGCCUUUUGGAAUGAGCCCACAAAAAUGCCAGUUCUCUCCACGUUGCUGAACAUGUUUUAUGCAUUAUGAAAAAUAUUAUUACGUAUUGUAGCAAUAAUACACUAUGAUUCCUGCAAAAAAGAGUUGUGUGUCAGACCUUUAGGUCUUUAUAUAAUGUGUUAUGUUUAUUAUUAUAAAUCUUUGUGACUAUUUAUGUGCUUGCAACCGUAAACAUACAGCAGAUAAUAACGUAUUGUAAGUAUGUUUAUUAUGCAUCACAGACAUUGGUGCCAUAGACAAAGUUAAUCGUAAAUCGUAGCAUUUUUAAGAUCACUUAUUGAAUGAAAUGACCUCCACCAUGUAUUUCACUUUUCAGUGCUGCAGUUUCUCGUUGGUUAUUGGCUGGCGUACACAUAGAUAUCUCUGGUCGAUAAUAUGACGCAUCGGUCAGGCUGAAGCGUACUGGAUGCAGAUAAGCUCAGUGAUUGUGCUGCUUUUUUUCGCAGCGGAGAACAGUUUUGUGGCCGAAGGGUCUGCACAGAAGACACUCGUGUCUUAAUUGAGCAGCAUGCGAGGUUGCUGUUCAAGCCCAUUACCAGGUGUACGGAUUGGGAAACCAAUGGGCAGCCCAUAGACCAAUGAACACCUUUAUUAGCUGGGAGAGGAAUACAAACACGCUGAGAUACUAAAAACAAAAAAAAAACAUGCUGUCGGCAAAUGAGAUAAUGUCACCUUAUGCAUCUGCACUGGCAACGCAGAAGUAGCACAUGUAUGCACACGGAAGGGACAAACAUAAACAAUUUAGCUCAGUUGUUUGUGCUGCGAUUACUCAUGACCGUUUGAAUGUGUGUGUGUGUGUGUGUGUGUGUGUGAGUGUGUGUGACCCGUCUGCCUGCCGACUAGAUUUAGGUCAUGGAUGCUCCCUUGUGUCUGGGGAAAGAGCUAACAUCUGUGUGAGAUUAUUGUAAGGAGCAUUUGAUAAAAAAAAAUGACAUACAAAGGGGAACAAAAAAAACAUCUUAAUUAUUUCAUUUAUUUGUGGUUGUAUUUUGGAUUACAGUGUGCUGGAUUAGAGUGGAAAUAGAGCUCGAUGAUUAAACACAAAUACUGUAUGUGUCGAGCAGUUCCCUUGUUCCUCUCUGUAUUGUUAUUUUAGAAGUGUGUUUGACUUUUGCUGCGUUUUCCUCCCUUCUUUUUGCCGUGAUGAUCUUUUUACAAACCAACACCGUCGGGUAGUAAACGCUCUCCAUCGGUCUCGUCCUUGCUCGUUAGUGGCGCAAUAUAAUGCAAAAAGUCAGUGUUUGGAUGUGCGGAGUUGUUCUCCCGUAUUGAUUCCGUGAGCUCAUCUGUGCCGGCGGCAGCGUCUGGUUAACAAGGCUCUCAGAUGAGCUCGUGCACCACAUAUCCGGCUGCCACUCCCACAGCUAAAAAUACCCACAAAACUCUCUUUAUUUGUAAGAAUGAAAUAAGUAGCCGUUCAUCAUACGAUUCACUUUCAGCGUAUUGUAGAUGGAUUGCAGCCAUGCUGAUGCCAGAUGUUGAUUUGUCAAAGAUAAAGAUGUACUUCCAUUUUUUUUUCUGUUUUGUCUGAAUGCAAAUGAGUUUAAGUGUCAACUUACAGGCUCUAUAACAAAGGUCAAAGAGUGGUCUAUGGUGAAGUCAAGGAUGCAGUAACGAUAACAAACUCUCAUUUUAUGGUCAACAAUAGAGAUUAUAAUUAGAGACAAAAUGAAGUAAUCUUGGUUGUUGACUCAUUUCAUUUGAGAAAUAUCUGAUUGUCAUGAGUGGUCGUCACUCGUCAUUUGGGCUGACUGAGGACCUCCUUACAUUGACAUGAUCAUUUGGUUGUCUGACUGCUUAUUUGGACUUAUGAAGCUUUGUAUACUUAUGAUGUGUUUCUUUUUGCGCAUGUAAUGGUUUCACACUGGUUUCUGGGUUUGCAUGUUGUUGCAUGUUUUUGCAAAUACAUUGUUUAUCAUCACCACUGCUCGUCCAUCCAUUUAAAACACGUUUUCCAUUCUCACUGCUCUUUGUUUUGCUCCCAGCGAAGCCACGAGGCACCACAUAUACCUUGUGGAUUAUAAAUAGAACAUUGGAGUGUUUGUAUUGUUCUCUUUUAUGUUACGGAAAAUAUCAUUUCCUUUCCACUAAAGCUUCUUUUGAAAGUCUUCAACUCUCCUCAAUAUAAGAUAACUUUAUUUCAAUGCCUAUCUCUCCUGGCUGCCGAUGAUUGAAUUCCCUCCCUUCCAUUCUGUGCUUCUUCUCCCUCUUGUAUUAUAUUCUAUUGCCUGCAUUCACCGAUUUUCCAUUAGGAGUGCACAACUCUUUCGGGCUGGUGACCAUACGAGCAUUGAGGAGGCAGGCAAGUUUAGGGAGCAUUUUCAUGAUGGGUUACCCGACAUCAGCCUGCCGUAUAGAGAUGCAUAGUUUUCACAUGAAUGUGCCGUGAUUUAGGGAAUCAUCUCAUGCAGGGUGAGAGGGGUGAGGGGGGGGGGCUGUGGCACUUUAGUCUGCAUGCUCAGCUUAUCCAGAUUAUCCCUGUGCCACUACCACAAUCACCCAGACGCUACCAUGCAUACAGCACUGCGCGGCUGAUGCCUUUGUUUUAAUGUGGCAGAGACGAGAGCUCUGCCUUGUUGUUCCGUCAUCAGCAACUCCGUCACACACAGCACCAGCAAUGCAACAUAGCAACAGUGUGACGUUGAUGAGGACUCUGUGUGUGGGACACUGGGUAGAAAAACCAUGGUCGGGGGGGUGUUAUCUAGAGUGUGGCUAUUGAAUGGACACACAAGCCAUUCCUAUGUUGAGGUAUGUGAUAAUAAGUGAUCGACUGCUAGCUAGGCCCCAGGAUUAGCAUCUAAGAUCUCACACUUUCACCUGAGACGUUGCGCGUAAAGCUGCAGAGAUCAGGGACAACCACGUGGGGGGAGUGUUAGCAUUUUGCAAUCCCACAAGCCCAAACCCUGAGCUCAAACCUGGUCUCAGCAUUGGGUUUGUUGACGGGCACGUGUCUGGCGGCGGUCAUGAUGUCGACACCGGCUCUUUUGGACUCCUGGGGAUGUGGAGGGAGAUACUCUGUGGCCUCCAACAACGAUCUGUUGACGGCAGGGAGGAGAUUCAAGUAACGGUGGGAACCGCUGAGGGGUCUGGACACUGCAUACGUCUCCCGCAUGUUCUCGUUGGUUCCCUGCAGAGCUCACAUGGCAUUGCGUACGCAGCUCUUGUCAAACAAGCUCAGUCCUCAUACAUAACUGUGUCAAACUGCAAACAGAGCCCGUGUUGGUUUGCAAAUGUUAGUGCGCCCUCCUUUCAUUGGUCAGGAGAGCUCGCAGGCCGGUCAUUGGCUGGCUCCAGGCUGUGCUUCUUGACGUGAGUUUACGGUCAAUAUUUCAGUAAAGAUGAAUAAAAGCAAAGCUCUGUGAGCCCUGAGGAUUGAGCUGGUUUUCUCCCAACAUCUUGGCACAAUAAAGUUUAUUGAAGCAAUCCAGUUGCAGCCCAGAAGCCUCUGUUCCUGAAAAGUGAAUAAAAAAAAUGCAAUACUGUGGUAAUAACUAGCUACCUUGAGUGUCUGUGCUUUGAUCAAAGAGGAAGUAAUCCCUUGAGUGAUGUGCUUGGGAGCUUAUCGGCUAUAUAUACAACCAAAGCUCUGGUGACUGGUAGGUGAGAAAAUGCAGCUAUCUGACCUCUGACACAUGACAAGCUGGGAAGAUCAAAGGGCAGAGCUCUCAAAAGUUGCCUGCAUCGGUGUUUACAAGAAGCGCUGAUGGAGGAAGGAGAGGAGAAGAGUGCCACAGUGAAAGGGGAGAGUUGAACUUUAGAGAAGCAGCAAGGUAUUACAUUAAAGGGGCUUUAUCAGCUGCAGCCGCCUUAUGAGAGCGGUGCAGAGCGGCGGCCUGGAGCUAACCAGUGGAGUGUGCUCACAUGCACUCACAUACACUCACAUGCAUUCAAAGCAUGCACGGCCGGCCCGGCUAUGUCAACAAAUAAAAGAGAAGCUCCAAUAACAACACACACACACCCAGAGGGAGUAAUUGUCAGCUCAGGUAGACAUUACUCAACUUUAUCUUUAAAUAGCAAAUAGUUGUUUCCUGCAAUAAUAAUGUUCACAAUGUUGAAUACAGCUCGUUUGAAUAUAAAGCAACAGUAGGGAACUAAAACUAGAAAAGGUGCAAUCAGUAGAGUGCAGAUCUCUGGCAGGUGUGUCUGCAUUGAGCAGUAUUGUGCGAUUAAAUGAAAAAAUAUUUAAAAAAAUACAGCCCACAACUGGCUAAACCCCCGUCUACACCAAUAAGCCGUCGUAAAACACAUUUUAUUCAAACUCAAAAACAGGCGGCGAUGAAUGCAGGCAUUCAUCAUAUAGUCAUCAUACAGCUAUUUGAGUCGGAGUUCGUUCAGCCUUUAAACAGCACCACUGUGAGAGCAGCGCUGUUGAUUCAAUCAGGAGCAUCUUGAUUUGGACUCCAGGUUUCAGCUAUGGCCUGUCUUUACAAACGUUCCAGUGUAUAGACAUGUACACCUGCACAUACUGUACAUAAUCAUCCAAUCCAUAUCGGUGUUUAUUGUUAUUUUAUUAUUGGUCUUUUGUGCUUUUUAAUACUUGAAUAAUAUGUAUACUUGUCUUUUUGGGAACAUAACAGUCCUGUCGUUACCUUUAUUGUCCAGCUUUGUCGUCCUUGUGCCUAGUUUUUGAGAUAAAAAAAAAAAAAAAUACACAUACUUGGCCAAUAAAGGUGAUUUAAAAUGUAAAAUGUACACGUAAUGAACACGUAUGUAGUAUAGAAUCCCCGGUCUCAUCCCUGUAUGUGCCUGCUUACUUCCAAUCCUGGGCCAGUAAUGAUAAAAUACCAUUUUCUGAGAUUUACCUCAGAGUUUCAUUUCCUCCUGCGUUUUUUAUUUAAUUGAAUUUAAAUGAAGCAGUAGCUUCUGAAAAAUCCACUCUCUGCAUUCUGUGAGUCCAGGGGGCUUUAAGGUUGGGCCUCCUCACAUGCCCUGACACAGAAAUAUGUAAACACCCUCAUCUGGGGCCUCAACACAACUCCUCAUUGACUGUCGCCAGAGUCCUGUCUGGGGCAUAAAAAGUCAAAAACACAUCUAUAGCUAUAAGCUUUUUUCUUCAACCAUUCCCUUUCUAGCUUAAAGAAUCUGCUGUAAUUGAAAAUUAGUUUUUAUAAUUAAUAAUGUGGUUGUUUAAAUGAGUUCUGUACAUUAUGCAUAUUGAGCACUGUAGACAAUGCAUACCAUAUAUAUACAUGUACUCUGUAUAUCAAGCCAAAAAAAUAACAAGAGUUUCCCACGGAUAAUAAUAUAUUCAUAUACAGACUAUUUUCAGUUUUUAUCAUCCAUCAUCCAACACCGCUGAUCAGAUGAAUGAAAGGGUCAAUUUGGGCAUUCAUAUCAGCCGAUAAGGUAGAUUGUCUAACCGUGGUUUUCACAUGCCUGAGAGACAGAAAGCAGGCAGAAACGUCCAGUCAUGCUGCAUGCAUGUUGAAAGAAGUGACACAGCAGUUGGUGUUUGAAACCACGAUGUUGCCCGAAGGUCUGUGUGAGCAGAUUAUAGAGCUCCCCACCGUACGGGGGUUGGCUCACAGGAGAAAGGGGACGAGGCGUUGUGACUAUUACCCCACAUGCCCUCAGUGGACACAUGGACCCAGAGAUCCUAUCGGAUCUGUUGCAUGUUCUCUGUUUCCAAUUCAUGCUGCAUGUAGGUUAAGCUUCUUUUCUGGUGAUUAUUUUGGAAAGCGUUUUUUUCUUUCUGACCAGUCCGCUUAAAGCCUCCUGCGGUCUGUCUGUCAUCCCGGGAUGUGCUGUUCAGAUAGAGCAGCUUCUCUGUUGGUAGUUUAUUAUACAGUACGUCAAAAGCCCUUUUUGUUCUUUUAAUUGAGGGCUGUGAGCUGACAAUUAUAGGACAUGAAUUUGAAGCAAACGGAUGAGUCACUGAUGUGUGGGGAAGGUUUGGGACGUGGAUUUCUUCAAAAACAAACUUUUACACUGAAGUUACUGGAGAAGUUUGGCAGAACAGCUUGUUUCUUGUUUGUUCCGUUUCAAAUGUGGAAACGAAGACGGCCAAAGGAGUGAUGCGAUCGUUGAUUCAGGUGUCGGGUGGUUUCGUGGCGGGGCUUGUAUCUGGCUGAGCCGCACAGAAGCCUGCGUGUCAGUGAGAGUUGUCCUGCUUCAGAGGAUCCAGAGGAUCGGGGCAGUUUGUGAAAAUACGCAGCCGAGAGGCGAACACUCAGAUUGAGAGUAAUCCAUCUUUUUUGGUUGCUGUUUUUGUAAUCAAAGGAAGAUACAACAAAGAUUUGGAGUCUAUUUUGGUAAUUGAUUAAUCGUUUUCCCUCUUUCAAUUCCAGUAUUGGAAAGGUUGAGAGGUCUCCGAAGCUAUCCGACCAUCCGACUUCUGAAGCCUGGUGGCAGCGUAAAGGGUUGCAGGUUUGUGGUGCUCCUCGUUUGAAUUUCCUGCUGUUACAUGGUAACACGGAGCUGAAGGCAAGAGGGCGUUGAAGAUGGCAGUGUGGAUCCAGGCCCAGCAGCUCCAGGGAGAUGCUCUGCACCAGAUGCAGUCUCUCUACGGUCAGCAUUUCCCCAUUGAGGUGCGACAUUAUCUGUCCCAGUGGAUAGAGGGCCAGCUCUGGGAUGCCAUAGACCUAGAGAACCCGGCGGAGGAGUUCAAGGCCAAACGGCUACUGGAAAGUCUGAUCCAGGAGCUGCAGAACAAGGCCGAGCACCAGGUGGGAGAGGACGGCUUUCUACUGAAAAUCAAACUGGGACACUACGCCAGCCAGCUCAAGAGCACGUAUGACCGCUGUCCGCUGGAGCUGGUCCGAUGCAUCAAACACAUCCUCUACACGGAGCAGAGGCUCGUCAGAGAGGCCACCAAUUCGAGCUCUCCGGUGGGGGGGAUGAUGGACAGCAUGUCUCAGAAAUACCAACAGAUCAACCAAGCUUUUGAGGAGCUCCGCCUGCUGACCCAGGACACGGAGAAUGAUCUGCGCAAGCUCCAGCACAACCAGGAGUACUUCAUCAUCCAGUACCAGGAGAGCCUCCGCAUCCAGGCUCAGCUGACCAGCCUGUCCACGCUGCCCCCUGCUGACCGGCAGCUACGGGAGCCCGCCCUUCUCAAUAAGAGAGCCACUGUGGAGACAUGGCUGACCAGAGAGGCCAACACACUACAGAAAUACAGACUGGACUUGGCAGAGAAGCACCAGAAAACACUGCAGCUGUUGAGAAAGCAGCAGACCAUCAUUCUGGAUGACGAGCUGAUCCAGUGGAAGAGACGGCAGCAGCUGGCAGGCAACGGGGGCCCGCCGGAGGGAGGCCUGGACAUCCUGCAGUCCUGGUGUGAGAAGCUAGCAGAAACUAUCUGGCAAAACAGGCAGCAGAUUCGGAGGGCAGAGCACCUCAGACAACAGCUGCCCAUCCCCGGCCCCAUUGAAGAGCUCCUCAACGAACUCAGCAGUACCAUCACAGACAUCAUCUCAGCAUUGGUCACCAGCACCUUCAUCAUUGAGAAACAGCCACCACAGGUGCUAAAAACCCAAACCAAGUUUGCCGCGACAGUGCGCCUCCUAGUGGGUGGGAAAUUGAACGUGCACAUGAACCCUCCGCAGGUGAAAGCCACCAUCAUUAGUGAGCAGCAAGCCAAGGCCCUGCUGAAGAACGAGAACACGAGGAACGAUAGCAGCGGAGAGAUUCUCAACAAUAACUGCGUGAUGGAGUACCACCAGACGACAGGCACUCUCAGCGCCCACUUCAGGAACAUGUCUUUGAAGAGGAUCAAGCGGUCGGACAGGCGAGGAGCAGAAUCCGUCACAGAAGAAAAGUUCACCAUUCUGUUCGAGUCGCAGUUUAGCGUUGGAGGCAACGAGCUUGUCUUUCAAGUGAAGACGUUAUCACUUCCCGUCGUGGUGAUAGUUCACGGUAGCCAAGACAAUAACGCCACAGCAACCGUGUUGUGGGACAACGCUUUUGCAGAGCCGGGACGGGUGCCUUUCCUCGUGCCAGAUAAGGUGCUUUGGCCUCAGCUGUGCGACGCCAUCAACAUGAAAUACAAGGCUGAGGUGCAGAGUAACCGGGGCCUGUCGGAGGAGAACCUGGUCUUCCUGGCUCAAAAGGCCUUCAGCAGCUCCAGCAACAACCCCGACGACUACCGCAACAUGACGAUGACUUGGUCACAGUUUAACAGGGAAAGCUUGCCAGGGAGGAACUUUACAUUCUGGCAGUGGUUUGAUGGCGUGAUGGAGCUCACAAAAAAGCAUCUCAAACCACACUGGAAUGACGGAGCCAUACUGGGCUUUGUGAACAAACAGCAGGCUCAGGACAUGCUGAUGUCCAAACCCAACGGUACUUUCCUUCUGCGCUUUAGUGACUCUGAGAUCGGAGGAAUUACAAUUGCCUGGGUGGCAGAAAAUCCUAACAAAGCAGGUGAGAGGAUGGUUUGGAACCUCAUGCCCUACACAACCAAAGACUUCUCCAUUCGCUCUCUGGCUGACCGCAUCAGCGAUCUCAAUCACCUCCUGUUCCUCUACCCCGACAGACCCAAGGAUGAGGUCUUCUCCAAAUAUUACACCCCACCCCUCUCCAAAGCAGUGGACGGCUACGUGAAGCCCCAAAUCAAACAAGUGGUGCCCGAGUUUACGACAGCCAAUCCAGACCCAACAAGUGGGAAUCCAACCUAUAUGGAUCACGGCGCCUCCCCGGCACCCGUCAGUCACCCUCACACCUACGGCAUAUUCCCACCUAUGAGUGACUCUAUGUUGGACGCGGACGGAGACUUCGACCUGGACGACACCAUGGACGUGGCGAGGCACGUAGAGGAGCUCCUUCGGCGGCCUGUAGAGAGCCAGUGGGGCGGCCAACAGUCCUGACCCUUGACCUUUUAACCCGUGACAACACCAAACAAAACCCUGCUUCCCAACUUGCCCCAUCCGCAUUGACAUUUCUCAUGGUUUAAUUCCAUUCAUUUCUCUUUUCUUUUUUUCUUUUUUUCAGAUAGCUAUAAUGUGAAAUGUUCAUAAUGGUUGUGAUUUUUUUUUUUUCUUCUUUCUGUUCAGCAUGAGAGCAUGCAUGUCGGUGACUUCUCCUAUUUUUAUUUGUGUCCAUAAGUGUUUGUAAAACAGACUAGCUAUGAAACAAAACCUGCAGUGUUACAUUAUUGUGAAGAAGAAAAGGAAAGGUUAUUUCCACUUGAUUUUGAUUAGAUUCAAAGGAAAAUAUGCUACUGUAUGAAGUCAUUUUAACAGUUGAAUGUUUCUAUUUCGACAUAUUCUCUGCUUUGUAAAUGGGUCAUUGGUAUUUUGAUAGCGACGCUGCCCUUUGACAAAGACAAGAAACUUUCACAAAGAAUUUUGCUUUUGCUCUUAAUAACAUAAUCGGAGUCAUUGCUCUGCAGUCGGUUUUUUGAAUCCAUAUACACUAACCUAUAGGUUAUAGCACACACAUCAGCACGCGCUUAAGUGUACGAUGUAUUCCUUCUGAUGCGUUCACCAGCUGAAACACAGGAGGGGUGUUCAUUCACGGCGCCUCCCUCGAUCUCACAAGGCUAUACGUGUCGUCUGUUUGUACACAGAAAUGCAAACCUAAGCAUUUACCUAACGCUGCCUGCUUGUCCUCUCAGGUCCCUCUGUUCCCCUCAUCGAUGCUACCUCGCAUUAUCCUACUGACAGUCCUCGUUACCAUUGGUUCUCUUGUUGUUUCUGCGGCACGUUCACGCCGGUAGACGCGGCUGUUUGGUUUUGCUCUCGUGAUUUGUGUUACGCACGUGUGAAGAAGAUCUCCCCUGCUGCCCGUGCGGCUAACACUCUGUUGGCUGCUUCUGCGCUUGAAACAAACUCGCCUGAUGAAGUCCAGACGCAUGAAGUGUCACGUGUCCGGUCAGGUAUUCCUGAAUAUUCGGCUCCCUUAACUGACUUUUCCGCCUAUCCGUCCACUUGUGUAGCUGUGUGAGGACGCUGUGGCAAAAACCCGCCGUGCGCAAAAGUCUCUGUGUGACCUCAUGACCUGCACCAGCAGCUGAAAGUUGCGAGGCAUACAGCAGAUCCAUAGACGCUUAGGCUUUGACUGCACGCACAAGACUCACCAGCCGCUGGGCCACAUGCAGAACUCCAGGAUGUAGUGUCACCUUCUUUUGACUGGCUUUUGUUUUUGGUCAAGAUUAGUUUUCAGUGUGUGUCCGCUUUUUGCUACACAUAAAAGAUAACAAAUACAUUUGUUGACUGGAAAAAGGUUGAGACUAUAUCCCCCUCCUCUAACACACACACACACACACACACACACACAAUGCUGAAUAGAAAAUGUGUCAACAGCCUUGCACCUCAGGAAUGAAUCGCUUUGCGUCUCGCGUAUGUACAAGCCAAAUAGAAAAUGAUCAAUGUAUACAGAAUAUAUGAAUUUAUUUUCUCUAUCAUAAUUCUAUUUUAUUAUUGUUUCUCUGGCACUCCCCCAUAUUGAAUGUAACCCAUUUGCAUGUUGAGGAUAUUUGUACGAAAUACCGCCUCAGCCUGAGCAGAAGUUUCAAGUCUUGUGUCACCAGAAGCACCAGUUGAAAACGGACACCGAGUAGCUGGAAAUCAGAGAUGAAGAAGAAUUUAUGAUGUACUUUUGUGUUUGUUUGUCGGACAGACAUUAAUAUUUAAGAUAUUCCCUCGUCUUAUCUUUUCAUUUCCUCCUUCAAAUGUUUCUUUUUUUUGUACCUCUGCUAAUUUUGACAUCUCAAGCUAGAUGAGCUGUCCUGUGAUAUAUCCUUCAUUACCAGUAUCCUCAUUUUCUCAUCGAAGCUUUGUUCCACUGUAAAACGUGUUUUUUUUGUUUUGUUUUGUUUGUUGUUUUUUUUUGAUGAUGAUGAUGAUGAUGAUGAUGAUGUAGAUGGCGCUGUGUGCUGUUCGAUGUAUGUACCAUGUUUGUGGUUUGGGUUUAUCACUUGGAGGUUUUCCAAGAGAAACAGCUGUUGAGUUAAAAAGAAGAAAAUAAAGUUUUUUAAAUAAUUUUAACUAUUAUGUAAUUUAUAGCAGCAUUUAAACAUUUACAUACAUUUUAAGAUUUUGAUGUCACUACAAAAUAAAUGCUAUUUUUUUUUUUGUUAUGUGUGCCGGUCAACACCAUCCAUUUAAUCCCCGAGCAGCAGAGCGUCACGACAGCAGCUCGCCGGGGUUCAGCAGGAACGUGCAGAGUUCGUAUUGUGUGCAGCUGCAUCAGAUACAGGACGGGAGGCCACUCUUGAACGGGAACUACUAUUUAGGCACAGCUGGCAAAGAGUCACUGCAUGCUGCUGUAUCAUUAAGACACUGCAGCAUGUGAAAUGAGUCUCUACGGUUGAGGCCAAAAGGAUUUUAUGUUUAAAUGUUCGACAAACUAUUGCACUUACCGACACACAAUGAAAGUCAACUGCAGGUAGUCCAUAAUAGGUACACGAUGAUUGAUCCCUAAAUGAACAUCAUACAAAGUUGUUCAUUUAGUGUAUUGCAGUUGUGUCCAUGUGGAGGUGAAAACCUCUGACAUUUGAGUUGGAAGUCUGUUUUGCAUAUGUAUG